UAUUGCAAGCUGGGACGAGUUGAUGAAGUUUGUCAUCUUUUUACCUUGUUUCGCACGAAAGGAUUGAAGCGCGAUGUGGUUUCUUAUAGCAUAAUGCUAGAGGCUUUAAUUUUAGAAGGCCGAUGUGAAGAGGGCUUGAAGUUGCUGAAAGAGAUGGAAGCUCUACAAGUGCACCCUAAUGUAUUGACUUACAAUAUCUUGUUAGGUGGCUUGUGCAAGGCUCAUCGUAUUGAUGAAGCAUUUUCCAUGUUGCAUACCAUGGAAAGCAAAGGCGUCAUUCCGGACAUAGUAACUUAUAAUAUCCUCAUUGAUGGAUUGUGCAAAGAUGGUAAACUCAGACGGGCAAAGGAUGUGUUUGUCGAGCUUCCUUCCAAAAAUUUGCAGCCUAAUGUCGUAACAUGUACAAUUCUUGUUGGUGCAAUUUGUAAAGAAGGUCGGAUAGAAGAGGCUAUGGAUUUGAUGAUGCAAAUGGUGAACAAUGGCUGUUUGCCUGAUGUUGUCACAUAUAUAAUCCUUAUUGGGGCACUUUGCGAAGAAGGACGGAUAGGAGAGGCUAAGGAUAUGAUGAUGCAAAUGGUGAACGAAGGUUGUUUGCCCAAUAAUGAGAUGUACAAUGUUUUCGUUCAACGACUUCUCAAAUGGAACAAGAUGGACGAUGCAAUUCUGGUAUUGAAAGAGAUGAUUGCAAGAGGGGGAUGUACAAUUUGCGCCACCACUAUUUCGAUGUUGAGUGAACCUCUGCGAAAGGAAGGUAAUGAAAGUGUUCUAUUUGAUAUGGUUAUGAAACUAUUACCAAAGAAGGUGUAG